CCCUCCCGGCCCCGGCCCCGGCCCCGCCGGCACCGCUACCUCCGCCAGCUUCGCCACACCAUCAGUACCACCUCCGCCACCGCCACCGCCGGCGGCGGCAGCAGCCAUUUCAUCUCCACAGAAACCAGACACAAAAACAUGGCAGAAAUGGAGAAAGAAGGGAGACCUCCGGAAAAUAAGCGGAGCAGGAAGCCGGCUCACCCAGUGAAGAGAGAGAUCAAUGAGGAGAUGAAGAACUUUGCAGAGAACACCAUGAAUGAACUCCUUGGCUGGUAUGGCUAUGAUAAGGUUGAAUUAAAAGAUGGUGAAGAUAUUGAAUUCAGGAGUUAUCCUACAGAUGGGGAGAGCCGGCAACAUAUUUCUGUCCUUAAAGAAAAUUCUUUGCCAAAACCAAAAUUACCCGAAGACAGUGUUAUUUCACCAUACAAUAUAAGCACAGGCUACUCAGGGCUUGCCACUGGAAAUGGACUCAGUGACUCACCUGCAGGGUCAAAGGAUCAUGGCAGUGUGCCCAUUAUUGUACCUUUAAUCCCGCCACCUUUCAUAAAGCCACCAGCAGAAGAUGAUGUGUCAAAUGUACAAAUAAUGUGUGCCUGGUGCCAGAAAGUGGGAAUCAAGCGCUACUCCCUGAGUAUGGGGAGCGAGGUGAAAAGCUUCUGCAGCGAGAAGUGCUUUGCGGCCUGCCGGCGAGCCUACUUCAAGAGAAACAAGGCUAGAGAUGAAGAUGGACAUGCUGAAACUUUCCCCCAGCAGCACUAUACUAAGGAAACUCCAAGGCUUGCCUUCAAGAAUAACUGCGAACUACUUGUGUGUGACUGGUGUAAGCACAUAAGACACACGAAAGAGUACCUGGAUUUUGGGGACGGGGAAAGACGGCUUCAGUUCUGCAGUGCAAAAUGUCUCAAUCAAUACAAAAUGGACAUUUUCUACAAAGAGACACAGGCCAACCUCCCAGCUGGGCUGUGCAGCACAUUACACCCUCCCAUGGAAAAUAAAGCAGAAGGCAGCGGGGUACAGCUGCUCACUCCAGACUCUUGGAAUAUCCCGCUAACAGAUGCUCGGAGGAAGGUCCCCUCCCCGGUGUCUGCAGCUGGUCAAAGCCAGGGCCCUGGCCCAUCGGCGUCCACCACCGUCUCUCCAUCUGACACCGCCAACUGCUCUGUCACUAAAAUCCCCACUCCAGUGCCCAAGUCCAUCCCCAUCAGCGAGACUGCAAACAUGCCUCCUGUCUCGGUCCAGCCACCUGCUAGCAUCGGGCCUCCGCUGGGCGUCCCGCCUCGCAGCCCUCCUAUGGUGAUGACCAACCGCGGCCCGGUGCCGCUGCCCAUCUUCAUGGAACAGCAGAUCAUGCAGCAGAUCCGCCCGCCCUUCAUCCGCGGGCCCCCGCACCACGCCUCCAACCCCAACAGCCCCCUGUCCAACCCCAUGCUCCCAGGCAUCGGGCCCCCACCCGGCGGCCCCCGGAACCUGGGCCCAACUUCCAGCCCCAUGCACCGGCCCAUGCUGUCGCCCCACAUCCACCCCCCCAGCACCCCUACCAUGCCUGGGAACCCCCCGGGGCUGCUGCCCCCGCCGCCCCCGGGCGCCCCCUUGCCGAGUCUUCCCUUCCCGCCGGUAAACAUGAUGCCAAACGGCCCGAUGCCGGUGCCCCAGAUGAUGAAUUUUGGGCUGCCGUCCCUCGCCCCGCUGGUGCCGCCCCCCACGCUGCUCGUGCCCUACCCGGUGAUCGUGCCCCUGCCGGUGCCCAUCCCCAUCCCCAUCCCCAUCCCUCACGUCAAUGAUUCCAAACCCCCCAAUGGAUUCUCCAGCAACGGGGAGAAUUUCAUUCCGAGCGCCCCCGGCGACUCCUCGGCGGCGGCGGGAGGCAAGCCCGGCGGACACUCGUUGUCCCCGCGGGACUCCAAGCAGGGCUCGUCCAAGUCCACGGACUCGCCGCCCGGCUGCUCCGGCCAGGCCCUGAGCCUGGCGCCCGCCGAGCCCUGCCGCGGCCCGGGCAGCGGCCCCGACGUGGUGGACCUGACCCGGCGCUCCGGCAGCCCCCCGGGCGCGGGGAGCCAGCUCGGUUUCCCCGGCGGGCUGCAGGGCCCGCAGGACGGCGUCAUCGACCUGACGGUGGGCCACCGGGCCCGGCUGCACAACGUGAUCCACCGCGCGCUGCACGCGCACGGCCAGGCGCAGGCGGAACGCGAGCCGGGCGCGGCCGAGCGCAGGACCUGCGGCGGCUGCAGGGACGGUCACUGCAGCCCGCCCGCCGCCGGAGACCCGGGCCCGGGAGCCCCCGCGGGACCCGAGGCGGCCGCCGCCUGCAACGUCAUCGUCAACGGCACGCGCGGGGCCGCGGCGGCGACGGCCGAGGGCGCCAAGGUCGCCGAGCCCCCUCCCGAGCAGCCGCCGCCCCCCGCGCACCCCAAAAAGCUGCUGCCGGCGCCCGAGGAGCCCGCCCUCAACGAGCUCGAGUCGGUCAAGGAGAACAACUGUGCUUCCAACUGCCACCUGGACGGGGAGGCCACCAAAAAGCUGAUGGGGGACGAGGCCCUGGCCGGAGGCGACAAGUCGGACCCGAACCUUAACAACCCCGCCGACGAGGACCACGCCUACGCUCUGCGGAUGCUGCCCAAAGCCGGCUGCGUGAUCCAGCCUGUGCCAAAACCCGCCGAGAAGACGGCCAUGGCGCCGUGCAUCAUCUCCUCCUCGCCCCUGCUUGGCGCCGGGCCCGACGACCUGGAGCCGCCGCUCAAACGGAGGUGCCUCCGAAUUAGAAAUCAGAAUAAGUAAAAAAAAAACAAAAAAACAAAAAGGAACGCUCACUUCCAGGGUACCUUCUUGCGUGGAGAGAGG